AGAUGCUGUGUUGCUACUGGUGAAGUCUCAAGAUUUUUCAAGAACAAUGAGUGCAUCCAAACCCCAGGAAAGUGUUGAGGUGAGAAUUGAACCCUCUCUGAAUGAGAAGGAGGAGGAGUUUGUUGUCAAAAGAGGAAAAGCUGUUCUACAAAGCCUGCAGAAGCUUCAGAUUCACUGCAGUGAGAAUGAGGUGCCAAACAUUGCCUUACUGGGAUCUGGAGGAGGACAAAGAGCCAUGGUGGGUUUGCUGGGAUCCCUGGUUCAGCUCCAGAAAACAGGUCUUCUGGACUCCAUCCUUUAUCUGAGCGGAGUCUCUGGAUCCACCUGGUGUAUGGCCUCCUUAUAUCAGGAAUCAGACUGGUCCACCAAACUAGAGACUGUGAAAGACAAGAUCAUCCAGAGACUCAGCGGUCCUAAAGUCAGCUGGAGAGAUGCAUUUGACAAACUGAAGAAAUAUUACUAUGAGAAAGACUACUUGAGUUUGACUGACGUCUGGGCAGCGAUGUUCGUCACAGAUUAUGUGAAAGAGAUAGAUGAGCACAAACUCACAGAUCAGUGGAAGCAGCAGAGUAAAGACCCGUUUCCCAUCUACACAGUGGUUGACAAGCACUGCAAACAGAGCAAAGAUGGAGACCCCUGGUUCGAGUUCACUCCACAUGAAGCAGGUUAUUCUCUCACUGGAGCGUUUGUGAAAACCUCCAGCUUUGGAAGCAAGUUUGAAAAUGGCCGUAAGAUCAAGAACCAGCCUGAAAUUGACAUGCUGUACCUGCAAGCUCUGUGUGGCAGCGCUAUAGCUGAUGGAGACAAGGAUAAGAAAGUCUUCUGGGAAAAAAUAAAAGAGUUCCUUCAUCCUUUCCUGCAUAAAAGAGAAACAGUGAUGUUUAAGGAAAUGAGGAAAGAAGAUCCAAAGUCUCCUCCUGUAGACCAAUGUUACCAGGUGCUCAUGGAUCUGGUGGACAUGAAUCUCUCUGUUUUGAAUGACAAAUAUCCGUCUGAUCUCGAUAAAUCCAUCAGAACAAAGCUGAACAAGAUCACUGGAGGCAAACGUCAGCUGAUUUUUCAAGCGAAAACACUGGAUCUCACUGAAAAAGAAGCAGCAAAACAGUAUAUGAAACAAUACACUGAGGAUGUGUGUAAUGAUUUGAGUCAUUGCUUCAGUUUCUGGCCUUCUGAUAUUUGGAGAAGAAUUUUUAUAUGCAUGGCUCAGUGGAUCUGGGGCAGGAAUUAUGACUUCCUCCACAACAUGAAUGAUAAAGCAGUGCCCUCCACUCUUCUGGAAAGUGAGACAAGAGACUUUGAAGACGCUGGACUGUUGCUCAACUCACCCUACUUCUCAGUGCUGAGAAAAGAGAGAAACAUCGACCUCAUCAUUUCACUGGAUUUCAGUGAGGGUGAUCCUUUCAUGACAGUGAAGGAAGCUGCUAAGAUGUGCAAGGAACUAAACAUCCCUUUCCCUGAGGUCAACAUUCCCAGUGAAGAUGUAAAGAAACCGAAGGACUUCUAUGUGUUCAAAUGCCGAAACACUCCAACUGUGAUCCACAUCCCUCUCUUUAAUGUGGUCAACUGUGGAGAUAAAAUUGAGGUCUGGAGGAAAAAUUAUAAGACCUUUCAAGGUCCUUACAGCGCUAAGAUGAUCACUGAUCUCGUGGAGGUCGCUGGAAAAAACAUCACAAACAACAAAGACAGACUGCUGGAGCAGAUUCGCCUCGCCAUAGGGCCAAAAAUACACUAAUAAUGAAUAAUAAAUAUCAGUGGUGUGCAGCGUUAUGAAAUGAGGCGGCAAAGUCCUCACUGUUUGUUUUAUUGUUUUUUAAAUAAAAUUAAUGUUUCAUUCAGACUUAAUGCUGACACAUUUUUGACAAACGUGGAAUGCACAUGAAAAUGAAAGGCGGGAUUUAUCGUGUGACCAAAGCAAUAGGCCAAUCAGAUCUUAUUUACAGCAGCGCCAUCUUUGAUUUUUAACGGGAAUGAAAUCGAGACUGUGAGGGAAAGA